AUGUUCAUCCACGCCAGAGAUAUUGCUGUGGCUCACAUAGAAGACCGUACGUUCUUCAACAGUGUGAGUGUUUCCAAUCAUAGUCAAGAGAUUGCAAGAGACACUAGAGCUGUCCAGGCUGUUCUGAUGUCCUGUAUGAUAACUGUGACUGGUACUGGAAAUGCUCUUGUAAUCCUUGGAUUUGUGACAAACAAAAAACUGAGGACACCCAGCAAUUAUUUCCUCUUGAAUCUUGCUAUUAGUGAUUUCUUCACAGGUAUCUUUUCUCUUCCUCUGUAUUUGAACAAUUUCAUCAUCAAUGAAGAAUGGGUCCUUGGAAAAGCUGUUUGCAAAUUGUGGUUGACAAUUAACUAUACAUUGUGUCAGUGUACAAUUUACAACAUAGUUUUAAUAAGUUGUGACCGCUUCUUGGCUGUGACCAAAGCCGUUAAAUAUCGAGAUCAGCAGAACAAAAUCAAACCAGCCUUUUUGAAGAUGGCUGUUGUGUGGAUUUUAGCCUUUUUGAAUUUUGGUCCAGCAAUUCUUUUUUGGGAGUAUGUUGUGGGUUACAGUCUUGUACCCAAUGGUGAAUGCAACCCUGAAUUUUAUUACAGUGGAAAUUACCUUCUCUACUCUUCAAUCUUUGAUUUUUUCACCCCAAUGACUGCAAUAGCAUUUUUUAACUUAAGCAUAUACUUUAACAUAAGAAGACGUACAAAAGAUAAAGUUGAAAAGAAUGCCACAGAUUCACAUGACAAUGGUAUUUUUGUCAUUCAGUCAACAAAUGGAAUGGAUCUGUCCUCUACAACACGUACGCACUGUGCAUCCCCGUCAUGUACGAGCAAGAAAAGGGACUCAAAUCCCUGUUCCUCAGAGGCCAAGUUGCUCAGAGCGGUUGUCUCAGACUACUGCUCAGAGCAACUUAGCUUGGGAGGAACAGGGAUUCUAGUCUCCCUGGCAAAAGCCAGGCCAAGUUACACCUUGAAGAAACUUGGCCUGGGGAGACUAAACAGUCUCGAAAAGAAAUGGCUUUUGGAGGAAACUGUGUUAAGAAGCAGUGACCGGUUUUAA